AUGCCAUGGCCGUUCAGCUCUUCCAGCCCAGGAGGAUCGCCUACACCCAGCAGAACAGAAGACGGCUCUCGGUCUAAGUCUACAUCAUGGAACGACCUCCUUCCAAAGCCUGAUCCUCCCCUACAGGCUGCGAAAGAGUGGGCUCCGGUGUUCCUGACGUCGGUCGCAUCACUGGCAGCCUUUAUCUUCUACCAGUCUCGCUUGCGGAGGUUUCCCACCGCAGGUUAUAUCCAGCCCAACUUGUUCAGGAAGCGGACUUUGCUAGGCCGGGUCACUAGUGUGGGAGAUGGUGAUAACUUUCACCUGUACCAUACACCGGGAGGGAGACUGGCUGGCUGGGACUGGCUAAGGAAGGUUCCCACCACGAAAGCUGCACUGAAGGGGAAGACUAUACCAAUACGUAUGGCCGGGAUUGACGCCCCUGAAGGUGCCCAUUUCGGCCGGCCGGGCCAGCCAGGGGCUGGGGAAGCUUUGCAAUGGCUCAGGAACUACAUCCUCAACAAACGCGUUUGGGUUCGCCUCCACAGGCGUGAUCAGUACGACCGUGUCGUUGCGACGGUGCACGUCAGACGGUUUCUCUACAAGAAAGACGUCGGCCUGGAAAUGUUGAAGCUUGGCUUGGCAACGACCUAUGAAGCGAAGUCGGGGGUCGAGUGGGGAGGGGCCGAAGAAGCGUAUAGGGCAGCAGAGGCCAAAGCCAAGAUGAAGAAGUUGGGGAUUUGGAACGGGAAAGCGAGCCACUUUGAAAGCCCUAGGGCCUACAAGACAAGAACCAGUGAGGCAGAAGGCAAAAAGUCUAGUUGGCUCUCUGGCUGGCUAUGA